GUCUGAUUUGCUUGGUAUAAGGAUUUUGAUUUAACACCUAUGUUCAUUCCUUGGAUGUAACUUUAACCCUUAAAAGAAGUUAAAACUAAGCUUAGAUGUGUUAAUUUUAGCUUUAAAUGUUUGAAUUUCGACUGGGAGACGAGAUUUUAUUUUAACGGCGUAUAGAAAUAUUUAUAUAUAUAAUGAAAAUCCUCAUAGCAGUUAAAUAAAGUGGCUCGACAUAAGAACAAAUGAUUUCAGGACUUGGUUCAUUGAGGGAACAGUAAAAAGUCCGCUUUCUCUACCUUCUUCCCAAAGAAAACUUUAGUAAAAUAAUUAAACUGAAUUUAAACCAUUUCUAGCUAAGCAUGAGCUUUGGAUAUAAAUGAAGUUUUGUUGCCUAAAAUCACAAUGUUGCCAAAAUAAAAUAUAACAAGAAAGGAAAGCUAACUUCGGGCGGAGCCGAAGUUGAUAUACCCUUGCAGUUCAGUCGCAGUCCGCUAGGUGGCGCCACGCAUCUUAUAUUAUUACAUAUAUAGAAGAUCGUAUAUAGUCGGCCGAUCCUUAUGAAAUUUUGCAAAUCAGAUUAUUUUGUCCGAAAUAGAAUCUGUACCAAGUCCCAUCUUUCUAACUUAAAAAACACCAAAGUUAUGCCAAUUCCGAUCGUUGUAUGACAGCUAUAGGAUAUAGUUGGCCGAUCCUUAUGAAAUUUUGUACAUAAUAUAUGUUGGUCAAAUAUAACAUGUGUGGAAAGUCCCAACCCUCUAUCUUAAAAAACAACGAAGUUAUGGCAUUUCCGAUCAAUCAGUUAUAUGGCAGCUAUAGGAUAUAGUCGACCGAUCCCGGCCGUUCCGACUUAUGUACUACCUGCAAGGAAAAGAAGGAUGUGUGCAAAGUUUCAACUCGAUAGCUCUAAAACUGAGAGACUAGUUUGCGUAGAAACCGACAGACAGACAGACGGACAGACGGACAGACGGACAGACAGACAGACGGACAGACGGACAUGCUUAUAUCGACUCAGGAGGUGAUCCUGAUCAAGAAUAUAUAUACUUUAUAGGGUCGGAGAUGUCUCCUUCACUGCGUUGCACACUUUUGACCAAAAUUAUAAUACCCUCUGCAAGGGUAUAAAAACUAUUUAUGCAAUACAAAAUAUACUAACACUCACUCUUCAAACGAAACUAUAAUGAGUCAUUAUUAUAAAGACAUUUCCAUAAAAAAUACUCUUAAAGAUUCAAAUAAAUUACCUAACUUGCCAUUUAAAUCGAAAAAAAGUCAACCAAGCAAUAAACAAAGAUAUUAAGAGCUUAACUACAGCAUUUGAAACUUUACAUGUAAUCCUUUUAAUGAACCACAAACAGAAUCAAAAAAUAUUCGUGUGUAUAUUCCAGGGCUUAAAAUAAACAAUAACAUUUAAACAUACAACUGGGCAUCCAAUUCGACCACAAAAUCACAUUUGAGAGAAAUAUUGAACAUAAAAUAAUAUAUUUCAUAUUUUUUAGGGAAUAAAAUAGCCAAAGAUCAAAUAUUGUGUGGUUUUCGUGUGCCAAAUAUAACAAAUAUGAAACAAAAUAAGAAUAAAUGUGUAUAUUAAAAUGGAUUAUGUUUAUUUUUUAACAUUUGUGGACUAACGUGGUGAUGUCAAGUCUGUACAUUAUUAAAGUGGUUUCAAAGCCGUUUUAGUUGGCUUAGUAAAAAUUGUUUAUUUUCUGAAUCGGAGAGCUAAAUUUUUUGUGAAAUAAAAUAAAAUCAAAAAAAAAAAUCUAAAACUAAAAAAGAUAAUUUAAAAGGCUUCAAAUAUUUUACCCUCCUAAGAGACUUAUUUUCUACAAUGAAAGAUUCCGAUAGAGCAUAUCAGAGAUACUUGAAAACAUUGGUGCGCCUGCAAGAGUCUAUAGAACGCAGGUUUCCCAGUAGAAGUUGUGGAGGUCAGGACUCAAUGUGCUGCAAAAAAACAUCUAAGCCCUGCAACUGUUGCGAGUGCGAGAAGAAGAGCCCGCUUUGCUGUCAGCCGGAACCACUUUGUUGCCCAAAAGCUGAACCUUGCUUUGCUAAACCUCCGUGCUGCGAUUCCGGAGAGCGCAAAUGCUGUGUGUCCUUUAAAAAGCCGCUGGCCGAUGAAAUUCCCUUUCUUUAUCCUCCCCUUCGCAAGAAGGAGGAUUGUGUACCCAGCCCGGUUUUUAAUCCUUCCACUUCUUGUUCUCCUUUUUUAUGUAUACCGUUUUCGAAAGGAUCCCCAAAGAAGGAUUGCGUAAAGUCCAAAAAUUCUGUACAAUGCUGUUCCUGUGCAAGACCUCAAAUUGUGGUUCCCUCGGGGCCAGAGAGCAGAUCUUCGAGCAAGUCUCAGCCGUCAAUAAAAGAAUGUAAGUCUUCGAAAAAGGAUAAAAAGAAAAAGGAAAAAAAGGAAAAGAAGGAAAAAAAGGUAAAGAAGGAAAAAAAGGAUCGUUCUUCAUCCAAGGAUUCGAAGUGCUGUAAGCCAUCGCCUUGCUGUUCGGCACUAGCUUGCUGUAAGCCACAGCGUAGCUGUUCGCCGCCGCCCUGUUGUCCGCCGCCGCCUUGUUGUCCGUCAAAGCCGUGUUGCCCUCCACCGUCCUGUACCACUUGCCCUUGUACAAUGAGCGAAAUGUCCAGGGAACUAUGCGAACUAAAACUAAAAUUUGAAGAACUGCAGUGCCAGCAGUUGGGCGAUAUCCGCCAUCAGUUGGACUGCCUAAAGGCCAACAUGCCGGCCAUAUCGGAUUUAUCCCUGCAGCUGUGCGACCUGAAACAGAAAUUCGAUGUGGUACAGAAUCAGGACCUCUGCGAGAUUCGCCAACUGAUCGACUGCCUCAAUGGAAAAAUUCACACCCUAAACACAUCGCUUGCCGACAAAAAGGAGUGCUGCUGCCCAACGCUGGUGAGGAAGCCCUCGAGCACCUGCGAGUUCUGUCGGGGCCUGAGCUUGCCGGUGAUGAAAAGUUUUCGAUGCGAGUUGGCCGAGGCAAUAGGAAGUCGAUGCCUCUCAGACGUGGUUAUGUCAAUCUAUUUGCGAGCAGACAAUAUCUACCAUGUGAACAUACGGGACAUGCGGACAGGAUGCUCCUUGGGCUGUUUUCUGGUAACCGAUUGUGGUAUUGAGGAGGCCCGAAAGCUGGGUGUUUUCCAAAAGAUUCUCACCUUUUGUGUGGUCGACGUUCGGAAUACCCUCCCACCGAAAAACGCACCCAUGGGCGUCACCUUUGAGUUUCAUCACCCGGAACGGCAGUGCGGUGGCUGCGAUAUUCCCGACGAAAAAAAAAACAUGGAAGGAAAGGGUUUUGUGGCUAGGGUACUAGGAAUCCCUCUCGAUCGAAUGAAGUAUGUGUACUUGACUGGGUAUGAGGGUAAAAUCGAGAACUGUUCAUCAGGACAUUUGCAUAUUAGGCCGAAUUCAAGAGCCGACUUAGCCAUAUCCGAUAGGGACGAUACAUUGUGCAGCACAACAAGCUUCCUCUCGGAUGACGGUAAUAUCGCAGACUUAUCGUCAUGUUAUUAAGAAAUGUCUUAAAAAAGAAUAAUUUUGCAAUAUUUUAAGAACAAUCGUUAUAGAAUCCCUUUUAAAAAUUAUAACAAAUUAUCCUAUUUUGAUACGUCCUACUAA